AUGCUUGUUACAGUUGAGGUAUCCUGUGGUGGCGCGGUGCAGAAUAACCUGACUUACUUCAUGUCGCCCGGUUUCCCCGAGCUGUGGGGCGGUGAAGAAGACUGCAACAUUACCAUUGAGAAGACACACGCAGGCAUCAUGCAGCUCAGGAUCGACUUUCUUCAUUUCACUAUUGGGCAGCCCAACAGAACUACAGGCGAUUGUGACGAGGAUGCCAUGAUCUUAGGAGAUGGAGACAGCAAGUUCACAUUAUGUGGACAGAAUCACGGGCAACACGUAUACUACACGCUAUCAGCGGGUAGUGAAAAGCGAGAAGACAGCGACCUGCCUGGCUCGAAGACCAUCAACUUAUCGAUGAGGAUGCGAGCUGGUGACAUGCCACGCAUCUGGCUGAUGAGACUUGCGCAGAUGCCGCUAGCGAAUACCGCACCACAUAAUUGUUUCCAGUAUUAUACAAGUGAUAAUGGUACAAUAAAGACUUUCAACUACGCGUCAAACGGGCGUCACUUGGCUAGUCAGGACUACAAGGCAUGCAUCAGAAGAAAUUCGGGGUUCUGUUCCAUACGAUACACUCCAUGUGAUAGUCGCUCCUUCAGGAUAGGACCUGGAAAUGGAACUCCUCUCGUAAUGGACCCUGCAGAAAUGCAGCAAGAAGAAAUGAUGCCAGCUGAUGACAUGCAAACACAAGAAGACGAAAUGGAAGGUUCUGGAAACGAUCCGCAAAUGGAAGCACCAAUGCGAGAGGAGCCUAGUCUCAUAUCAAGGGCGAGGUCAUCCAGCUGGUCGCGGUGGUCACCAUACACGCAGCACUAUGGGAACGAAGACGACAGGUUCCGGUACUUCGGCUAUGGAAACUAUGGGAUCGGGCUGACCGGCCAUGGCAGACAGCGGUGUGACGACAGAAUCACCAUUCCAUGUGAAAAUGAAUAUUUUGUAUCGAGCUCGUACUUCGGUGCAGGCGUAUGCGACCCUCAUCAUUGCGGCAACACCUUCUGUCCGGGACAGCAGCGGCCUAACUGUCACGUGGAGACCGCUAUAACUCCUUUCGCGGUAUCUGUGCAUUUUGGACCACCCACAGUCAAGAGGAGUCCAGAGGAAAACAUUGGAAUGUGUUUGAGAUACACACAGUUGCCUUGUGACACUUGA